CUGGAGUGGUGGAAGAUCACAUGAAGGGAACACUGCAUUUUCACAUCAUCUUCUAUGGAUCAAUUACGUCAUAUGUGCUCCAAGAACUAUGUCAAGUGUCUGCAAUCUGCAAAAAGGUAGUGGAGGCCUUGGACUCUUUUUACAAGGCAAAGUUCAGUACCGGAACGAAUUUCCGGAAUGUCUUGACUAGAACGCUGAGAAAAUCUACUGCAUUGAGACAGUUGGCAGAACCAAUGAGUUCACCAGCUCUUUUGCAGCGAACCAACCCUAUUGCAACCAUGGAUGAUCUAUCAUCAAAUGGCUCAACCAUGCAAAAGAUGGAAAUACAUCUUGUGACGAGACAGCAAAUAGUGAAUACCAUGUGCAUCACAGAACUUGUCAUAAAGGAUUUCAUGAAUCAACCUGAAAACAGCAAUACAACUGUUUCACCACAAGAAGGAGCAGCUACUGUACUAAUGGAUGCUGUUCCUAUUUCUCAAGACGCAAAUCCUGGCAAAAAUCAUGCUGGGUAUGAAAUUGGAGUACUGCAGCCUGUUCUUAUUCAAACCUAUCAUCUUAAGAGCCCUUUGGAUUGUGGCAAAGAGGAACCCAUUGUUGCGUGGGAGUUGGAUAGACCUAUUCCCAAAUUAGCAGCACAAUUUGGUUUUGACAGCACAUCUGCUGAUCUACGUCAUGUCCUAUCUCUUCCCACUGAUGGAUCAGAACAGUCCACUAGGAUUCUAAUUGCCAGUAACGUUCGUAAGCUUUUGAAGCACCAUGAUCAUGAUUCAUUGGGAUGCUUUUAUGGCAAUGGACAUCAAAUUUGGGCCUUCAUUAACAGUGGGGAAAUCGAAGCUGUUAAAGAAUUGUACUCUCAGUGUACUGAUGCUUUGCAGACAGCAAAUCAAUAUGUCGUUGACCAUAACAUUCCACUCUUUUACUGCACAGGAUCCCACAACAACGCAGUUCUGCUAGGUGGGGUACAACAAUCAAAAUCAGCUAUGUUCUACAUUGCUCCAUAUAUGGCAAAGGAAAAAGUCAGUCUCUCUGCCUCUCUCACAAUACUAGAACAUGCAAGAAAAUUGGUCCAGGAACACAAAAGCACAGCUGAGGACAGGGACACAAAACCACAAGAAAGGCUAGCUAAGCAUUUUCUUUCCAAGGUGACAAAUAAGCUCAACGCCUACACCGAGUUGUCAGACUAUCAAACGGUUGCGUAUUUACUUCAAAUUCCAUCCAUAAUCACUUCAGAAGUGUUUCAAUACAGUGAACCUUGGGGUGCAAUCAAUUAUCGAAAUAUCCUGAUACCAAAAAAAAUGGAGCAAGCAAAUACUGGAAUUGAAAGCGAUGGCAACAAUGCUAAAAAUGACAACAAGUCUGAGGAUAAUGCUUAUUUGGGAUACAUAAAGACAUUUAUCGUAGAAAAAGGAGAAGAUGGUGAAGAUAAUAUCAAAAUGGCUGUUCCAGUUGUGGCAAUGUACUUUCACAGGGGUAAAGAUUUGGAGCACCUUAACUUAUAUGAGUAUGAUGCGUUUAUUCAGGUGAAGGAACUUCCCAAGAAAGAAAGCAGCAGCGCAAAGUCAACAUGGUUUAAGUUUGAAGGAGCUUUUGAACUGAGAGCAAGAUUUGGACAGACCCUGUGCCGCAAGCAGCGUACACUAAUCUUCAAAGGAAAAGUGCCCAAACACCCAGGAAAAGAGCCACAGUUAAAUCAUCCAACACAUUCUAGCUGGCAAACAAGAGCUGAUCAACAUGCCAACUACAUACUGACUAUGUUUCGACCAUGUGAGAUAUAUAACGGAUCGGAAACAAAAAAAGCGCUAUCACAGAGUUAUGGCUGGGGUGAUCUAGUGGCGUGGAUAAAUACAUCACAGCACAAUGACAGCACUGUUUCAAAAUUUCGCUUAAUGGCUGUGGAUAGAAGGAUGAAUACUCUGGCUUCAGAUUUUCAAACAAAAAAGAUAUUGUCAGCCUAUCGUGCAAGAGACGCUGACAAGUGGUCGUCGUACAAGCAGGAAAGGCACAGGAGAACAGAUCAGCUUUUAAAAUUUUACGAACGUCAAGAGGAUUCUCUUCUACUUGAUGAGGAUUUCUUCCAGGCAAAGUACAAUAUACUAGACUCCAGAUCAACAACAACUGCAUUGAACAUGAACGCAGACGCUGAAUCAUUCUCACAAUCCGUAAGCACCUUUACAUUUCCGCAUACACCUGACAGAACCAUCCAAAAGUAUGACGCUGUUGGAGCAAUGACGAUUCAAUGGAAACAAAGGGCGUCUCUAUUAUACGACAAGCAAGAUGGCAAAAGUUCUCUGUGGGAUGAUGACGACAAUAUUUCACUUGGAGAAAACAAAGUACAGACUGGUGAACUGUCGCCAUGGCGUUGUGUCAACAAUGCCAAUGCUUUGCCACUGAAUGACGGUCAGGCACAGAUCAUUGAGACCUACAGAAAAUAUUUGCAAUACCCUGAGGAUCAAAGUGUGGUUCAGCCGCCUGCUGUUGUGCUUCUAACAGGUAAAGGCGGGACAGGAAAAAGCUUUGUGAUUCACCGCCUACUUAUGCUUGGUAACACCACAAAACAAACUUCAAGAGUUUGGACUAUGGCAUCAAACAAUUUGAACGCCGCUGACAUCAAUGGUUCUACAAUCGCAAGUUUGCAGAAACAAAGAAUUCAAAAGAGGCAAAAAGACGAAUUGAAGAUAGUGCAACGAAAGAUAAGCCCAGCAGCUGUCAUCGGAUUGGAAAAACAAAAUGUGCAGGAUCUACGACUAAUAAUAAUCGAUGAGGUGUCCAAUGUGACAGCUUCAAAAUUGGGCGAACUCUCCAGGCUGUUUAGCGAAGUGCUACAAAAUCCGGAUCAGUUUUUUGGAGGUAUACCGGUCCUUUUAGUAGGGGAUUUUAAUCAAAAGGAACCAGUUGGUGGCAUACUGGCAACAACAAGUCUGAUAAAGAAGGUGAAGAACGAAAUUGGGCAUUCCAAACAUACAACAAAUUCAGAGCACAGAAUGAAGAAGAAACAAAAAUUGUCAAUUGAGACCACAACGCCUUCUCUCCUUGAUGCAAAUUGCCACAAUGUUGUUUCCGACAAUAACUUGGGAUGCAACAUACUUGCAGCUUCUCGCUGGUUUGAACUCACUGAAGCUGAAAGAAGCAAAGACACAAACCACAACAACAACAUUGACAGCCUUUACAAUGGCAAUCCAAUCCAGCCCGACAAAUUCCACAUGUACAAACUUUACAAUGACGAAACCCUAAAAGCAGAUACUUUUGAUGAGCAGCAAAGGUGGUUAAAAGCUCCAGUCAUAGUGAAGACUAACAGGGAGCGUUGUACCAUCAACUACUCCAGAGCAGUUCAAUUUGCCAAGGCAAGAAACAUUGUUUUAGUGCGCUGGCCUUCCCAAUACAAAAAG